CAGGUGUACAUUGUCAGCUGUCUUAUCACAACAUCGAGCAUUUAACCGUUGAGGAAGUACUGAAGCUAGCUUGCUGAGCUGCUUUGUAUCGUGAACAGGCAUAAAUAAACCACACAAUCUGAAAGCUUUUCACAUCAGUGAACGCCGUAUUACAUGUUGAAUGAACAUUACCUGAUUAUUUAAUUGCAACUGUAGGCGUGGUGAGUUAUUUCGACCAAAAGCAGGAUAAACAACGGUAAAGAUUUUUUUGAUGUGUUGCUGCGGCUGAAAAAAACGUCAUGUGACUCUUGCGUCAUCACGUGAUUGCGGGCGAAACCAAACUUGCUGGUGUUGCGUAUGGUCCUGAGGCAGAGUUCCGUAUAUAUAUCUACGGUGUUCCCACCGUGAUGUUUACACCGGUGCUACCAUGACAGUCCCUUGAUUUAAAGACGUACUAAGUUAACACAACCCUAAAGUGCAUCAAAGACGCACAAAGUUUGUACAAGCCGAAAGUACAUCUUUAAGGUGCUAAAAUGGAGUCAAAAUCCACAAUGUAUGCUGCGAAGUUGUGAAUGAUUACCUGGGAGGACAGCAACCUACAGACAGAGCUCACCUGAUUAUAUAUAAGUCUUGAAGAUGUCAGGUGGGAACCUCUUGAGCAAGGUGCGGUCCGCCUUCAGGAGAGAGCGGAGCGACUGGGACCUGAGUGACACGGCGCCCUUUGACUUGUCCUCGGAGCUGGUCGAUGAUGAGACACCCAAAUUCAACCAGCUCAAAGUCGUGGUCUCUGGGGAGAUGUCAGAUUACUCUGCCGGAGCUCCGUCCAACGGGGCGGCGGUGAACACCAUGGUGGUGGAUGAUGAUGACUCCCUGCUUGACUCCUCUUCCAGCUUGGGCAGCCCUGGGUUAAAUAUGGACCCCUGUGACAGCUGCACCAAGAAGAAGGAAAAGAUCAAACACAAGAAAGUGAUGAAGAGGCUCAUCAUUGCAGCUGUGCUGUAUUUCCUUUUCAUGAUGGGUGAAAUUAUAGGCGGGUACUUAUCAAACAGCUUAGCCAUUAUGACUGACGCUGUGCACAUGCUGACAGACGUGGUGGGCAUUUUGUUUUCUCUGCUCGCCCUCUGGCUCUCCACCAAGCCACCCACAAAGAGGUUUACCUUUGGACUCCAUCGCCUCGAGGUGGUAUCGGCAGUCGUCAGUGUGGCGCUCAUCUACAUCCUAACGGCUUUUCUGCUCUAUGAGGCGGUUCAGAGGACGAUACACCUCGAAUUCGACAUAGAUGGCGAUGUCAUGCUCAUCACUGCAGCUGUGGGGGUGGCUGUCAACCUCAUAAUGGGUUUCUUGUUAAACCAAGAUGGUCACCUCCACGGUCACUCUCACGGUCACAGUCACUCACACGGCCAUGGUCACUCUCACGGUUCAAGUUCACAGCCAGCUGGGUCGGGUCAGCAGAAUAGGCAGCACGGCAGCCUCGCUGUAAGAGCCGCCUUCAUCCACGCUUUGGGAGACCUCGUCCAGAGCGUCGGCGUGCUCAUAGCUGCCUAUAUCGUCCGCUUCAAGCCGGAGUAUAAGUUGGCGGACCCCAUCUGUACCUACAUCUUCUCCAUCCUCGUUCUCGUCACUACAUUCCGCAUCAUACGAGACACAACGGUCAUCGUGCUGGAGGGUGUUCCCAGGCAUCUGGACACUCAGAAAAUCAGAGAGGACCUUCUGAAGCUGGAGGAUGUCCAUUCAGUGGAUGAGCUGAAUGUCUGGGCGCUGACAGCUGACAAGACUGCAGCAAUAGUGCAUCUGCAGCUCGCGCCCUCUAGUGCCAGCAACUGGGAGGACGUCCAGGCGAAGGCACGCCACCUGCUGCUCCACACCUACGAACUCUCCAGAUGCACAGUGCAGGUGCAGACACACAGGCUGAGGCAGGUACGCACUUGUGCACAAUGCCAGCAGUCCAUCGCCUGAAGAGAGAGACUCACGUUGACUUCCACGGUGCAUUUGUUGGAGCCAGACGGACGGCACAGAGCACACAGAGGGGCCUGGAGGCCGCUCCGCCCUCACAGCUCCGUGCCGUAGCAAGAGACACAUGAAAAUGCAAAAUGUCUGGUGCCAAAGGACAGUCAGUGGAACAACAGGAGAUCACACUUCUAAUUACAGGAUCACUAAAGCCUCCAGGGACCUUAUGCCCUUACGCUCGCAAAGCUUUCAGAGAUGGGUUUGAAUACUUAAAGUCUCAGCCGAGGAGAAUGAAAAAAAACUUGCUCUUAAUUCACCAUUAAAGCCUAUUCAGACAACUUACUUUCUUUUUGUAUUGUACUGUAUGGUUUAUCACAGCUGAUGUUUUUUCAUCAGAUGGCAAUUUUACUUUUUGUUACCAGGUAGGAGAAUUGUAUUUACGAGGAUUAUUUUACUGAGGAUGUCAGCAAAUGAAAAGAUACCUCAUGUCAUUUGAUGAUAACUGCUGUCCUCCUCACUGCCGGCACAAGUGAGGCAAAAACUCCUUUAUCUUUGUGUAUGUUUAGUCGACAUUGCACUUCACUUAAUCAUUAAUAUUCUCCAGCCAAAGUCUGUUGUACGGCAGAUUUUUUAAAGAAGACAUUUAAUAUUCUUAAAGCAGUCUGUACUGACCAAACACUGACAUUUUAUUCUAGUAUGUCGUCUAAUUAACUGUGGGGAGCAUAUAACUGACAAUCAAAGUGUGACAAACUGACUUUGAAACACAGUAAAUGCCACAGUCGUGGUUGUUGGACUGACUUCAGCUGGUUGUAGCCCUUUCACUCUAUACUCCACUUUCUCCAUAUCGUUAACCGACAGUAUAACAAUGCAGACGGGUUUGUGAAAUCUUCAGUAUUUCAGAGUUGCAAUGUUUUCAGGGAGUGAGGUGUGAGUUUAAAACUUGCCAAUAAUGAUGCUUAUAGUGUUUUCUCUGUCAAGUGUUGAGAGGCUGUGGAGGGUUCAUGGUAAACUUUUCCACCUGUCUGGUAUUAAUCAUCAAGAGAAAUCAGGAACUGGAUCACUGUUUUUUGUUAAUAUUAAAGUAUUUAAUCUUU